UCGAUCUGAGUUCAGUUUUCUUUUUUUCUCUUUUGUUUGAUUUUUGUGAUUUUUGCACUGAAAUCUUUCAUUUCUCACCAAACCGCAAACUCAAACUUGCAGCCAGAAUUAACUUCUACGCGCUUCGAGAUUUUUCAAAAAAUGUCAGCAAAGCGACGUGCGCUCGAUGAAGACGAGCAUGUCUUUGAGAGCAGUAGCAACACAAACGCAGCAAUGAGCACGAGCGACGCGACAGACGCGCCCAACGCAGCCAACGGACUGCGAAAGAAGGCGCGGCUGUCAGGUGCGGAGCUCCAAGAAGGAGCGCGGGGAGAAGAUUCACGGACAUUUUCAGUGUCCACCACGAGCUCCACCAGCAGCAACAGCAGCAACAGCAGCAACAGCAGCAAUCACAGCAACAGCAACAGCAACAACACCAGCAACAGCAUAAAGUCGCCGUUCGAAGACGACUCGCAAACGUCUGGAAAUGGCCGGCUUGGCGCGCAGAGCCAAGACUUUACUUUCAACGGUCGGCCGACCAGCCCCAGCGGCUCCACCGGCCCUGCACACACCUCCACGCCGUCGGCUUUGGUGGCUGCCGGUGCCACGCACUCACCCAACAAUGACACCUCAUUUGCGGCUGACGUGUCCGACGCCGGCGCGGGUGCGGAAGACCUGAGCCAUAGCUCGGAGCGCGAAAGUGAUGACGCAAGCUCAAAAGAACGCCAAGAAGCACUGCACUCUGCGCCUGCCUCUGCGCCUGCCUCUGCCUCCGCUGCCGCCGACCACCAGGACCACCACACCGUGACCGCAUUGGCAGGUCCGUUGCAUGCGGCUGGGGAGUUGCGGGACGCAAUGAGCUCGGAGCGCCACGCCGACACUAUUCUCGCUCAGACACACCAGACGAGCGACAGCAGCAGCAGCGGGAAUGACCCAGCCAAUGACGCUGCCUUUGCACUCAUGCCACGGCCAUUGUCGGAGCAACAGACCCACCAGCAGGUCGCCUAUCCCGGCAAAGUCGAGGCCGACAACGAGGAGGAAGAAGAGGAGGAGGAGGACGACGAUGAGGAUGAGCUGGACGCGGACGACGACGAUGACGUUCAUCUUUCGCACACCCGAUUCACCGCUUCCUCCUCUGCCUCAUCGACCGUCUCGUCGUCGCCAAGCCCGAGCCACGCAUCGCAGUCGCCGGUUUCUGCUCACUCGGCAGCGUCGUCGUCGUCGCCCCGGGUGGCGCCACCGGCAGCGUACAUUUCGGCGUCCUCGUCUGUUGUUCAGCCACAUUCGCAGCAUCCGCGUUUGGCAAUGGAUGGCGCAACACGAGCCAAUUCUGUGAAUCUUCAAAAUCACCCGGCGUUGCUCGGAUCGGCUGCAUCUGCCAACAACCGACGUGGGUCGAGUGGCUCUACCUCUUCCAAUGCAUCGCUUGCUUCGCUUGUGCACACGGUGCGACCUGCAGCGGCGGCUGCAUCACACGCGGUGAGCGCGCAGGCGGGAUCCGGUUCGAACACCGGGUUGUUGCCGUCAGCCAAGAAGCACAACUACAACCCCAAGCCCUGUCCCAUCUGCAACCAGGUCUUUAGCACGUCGAGCAACAUGAAGCGACACUACAAGCACCAGCACAUGCAUGGCGAAAGCGCGCCCAAGCUGCCUCCUGCACCUCGUCGCACAGCGGCAAGUGUUGCGGCUGCUGCGGCUGCUGCUGCUGCUGCUGCUGCUUCGAAUGCGUCUUCGAGUGCUCCCGCUGCCACCUCAGCUGCCGGAUCCGCAACACGCGCACACCAUCAGCAAGUGCCGCUCCAAACGACGGUGUCGUCUUUCGUGCCAGCACCUGCCACAAGCCGCGUGUCUGCACCUGUGCCCGUUGUUGUGCCAAUGACUACCCAUCCGCUGCCGACCGAGGAUGCCUUCACAAGCAUGAAGGCGUUGGCUGCCGUGUCCUCGGCCAUGGUUCCGACCGACAUUUCAGCCCCCCUGCCGAUGGUGCCGUCCUCGCGCCCUGAUCUUCCAGACCGCGCGUCCAGCAUUUUCUCCCCCGCCUGGCGCCACACCCUCUCGCAGAUUAUCGAGCACGAGUUGGGGGUGGUUCAGCACGAGCGCGAGUUGGAGCACCCGCAGCAGCCUGCCAUGUACCACGCAUACCAGCACCCGUACUACCACCCGCAGCAGUACCAGCAGCAGCAGCAGCAGCAGCAGCAGCAACAUCAACAACAGCACCAUCAGCAACAACACAUUUACGCGUCCCCUCACCCAACAAGUGCCCAACAGCAGCUCGCUGGGCUGCCGUACCGCAACUACUACCACCAUGCUCCGCAUCAGCACGUCCCACAGCAUGCACCCCACGCAAUGCAGCUUGUGGCAAACAAGCACCAUGGGAUGGAAGAGCAGCACCACGAGGCUGUGCACGCCAACGACGAGUACAGCUCGCCACCUGCGUUCUCGCCCGUGUUGACACAGAUUGCCAACAUGUCGUCGCCCCCUCAGGACCACACCCCAUUGAGCGAAUGGAACUCGCCGUAUGGAGCUGCUCAGAGCGACGAGGCUCCUCUCACGCCACGCUCCCACAAGAGCAUGACGCAUCACGCCGAAGUUCGCCGCUCGUGUCCUCUGUGUGCCACCGUGUUUGAUGGCAAAUUGGCCAUGAUUGAGCACUACCGCUCUGCGCACGAGCGCAGUGGUCCUGUGUCGUGCCUUUCGUGCAAUCGCGAGCUGGACUCGACUGCCACACUCCAGCGGCAUCUGGCGGAAGAGCACCACGACUUUGACACGCGCUUUGCCUGCCCAAGCUGCUCGCAGGUCUUCUCGGCCGACUUGACGCUCAACACCCACAUUUUGACAAUGCAUGGUGUGCCUUCAGGAAUGCCAGUCCCAUCAGGCAUGCCAGUCCCGCACGUCCUGAUGAUUCCUCAACAUCACGUCCUGUAACCACCCCCCUCAUCAACUCACCCGCAAACUACACAAGGCUCUUCACCGUGUCUUCUAGUUUCCUCCAAUCCUUGCUUUUAUUUAAGCGUCUUGCGAUAAGGCGCCUUUUCAAUGGUUUGGAUUUGUUCCUCGUUUGUUUUCGAUUGUACUACUAGUUUUUGUUCCUUUUUGUUGGUCUUUCGUGCAUAUUUGCCUGUGUAUUGUUUUUUUCGGGAUGGAGCUUAUUUUUUUGCUCAGUCCUUUCAAAAACCGCUUUUGUAACUCUUGUACAGUAUUGAUUGAUUUACCUUCAUUCAAAUAAAAAAACACAAAACUGGUACCAAC